GGAACUGUCACAUCAGCCGACAUGGCGUCCUUAGGAAUAUUUGUUCUUGAUGGCAAACUCAGACUUGUGACAGCAUCAACUUGUAUGGCUACAGUUAAAAAACAUAGUAGGAUCUCUGUGUACAAUGCACACAUUGUCAAGGAUGAUGGCCAGGCUUACUUGGUGUGCUGUAUGAGGAGUUGUAUCCGUAUCCAUGAGUCUGUGUCAAGUGUUACAGAUUCAAUGUCUCAUCUUCUGCUGAUGAGAUCGGAGCUUGUAAAUUUUAUGAAAAAAUUGAUAAGAAAAUAUGGUCUUAAUUUGAAAGAGAUUCUUGCACUGCAACAGCUGUAUAACAUUCUGUCUGGACAGGAAAGAUCCGAAAGUUGCAGAGAAAAACUGUUUGCUCAGUUUGUCAAGAGUGACAUCUGUGCUAACUUGACAUACAGUGGUGUGAAUGCCGCAGACUUGUUCAUUUUCCAUGAACAGUUGUGCCCCUUUAACCAGUCAAAGAAAGAAGAGUCCCGGAUACCACAGAUCAUUGGCCUGAAUGCUCUCAAGAAUGAAGUCACCAGUAUAAAGUCCAACUUUGAUUCUACCAGUGUUUUAAAUUACCCAGGCAUGAAGAUCCAAUCCUUACCUCAUCAUUUUAAAGUUUGCUUUUCUAGUGCAAAGGUUCUUGUCGGGUGCAUAAUGACAUGCUCAGAAGGAACAGUAUUUCGAGAUAGUACAUCAAACUUCCGUCUCGUAAUUUUGUCUGACAGUGGUGUCAGUCACGCCGACAGUGAUAGUAAUCACACAGACCUUGAAAUUAAAGGAGAUCCUUCAGGAUGUUGCAAGGAUACAACUGAUCAGCACAGUCAGCCUCACUUAUGUUGCCAGCGCUGUUUUGGUCACUGUCAACCUGGGAAACAACUGACCUGUCCAGUUUUAGAUCCUUGGCUAGUUGGAGCUAUCAUUUGUGUGACAAAAUUUCAUGUUGUUCUUGAAGGUGAUUUUGAUACCAGAUCAUCAGAUGCCUCAAAAUCUGGCAUAGAGAACAAUGGGCAUCUUUGCAUAUACUUGGUUUUUAGCUUGCUUGAUUGUGUUUUACUGGAUAAUGUUGAGAAUAGUUCACCAACUCUGGCUGGUUCAGAAAGAGGCCUCAUGUCUGAUUUACUUCCUGCAAGUCAGUCAACUAAUGAAAGGCUAACAAGAAAGGCUAAGCAUCAACAAGAAUCAUCAUGCUGUAUCUUUGUGCAUGAGAAACAGCCUUUGACUUAUACAGGAAACAUGUUUGACAAUGGAAAAUUCUGCCAGUUUCAACUUCUUGGCUGUAAGAUUGAUGUUGACUUGUACACUGAGAAUAAUAUAAGAUGUUGUGAAAACACCUGUGUUAGAAGAAAGAAGUCCACAUUCACUACAAGCUCAGAACUUGUAGCUGAAAGUCAAAAAAAUAUAUUACAGGAUUCACAUCAAGAGAGACCAGAAUCCAUAUGUGCUUCUUUCAUAAACUCAGCUGCUAAAUGGUACAGCUGCUUUACCAGUGGUCAUCUGUACAAGCUGACCACCUCCAGCAGUAGUAGCGAUCCUGAGCCUUUUAAACAGAAACUGUUGAAAGUCCUUCCACAGAAAGUGACAGAGUGUUAUAAUGUGCAGAUGAAUAUAGAGGUUCCAGAAGACUUGUUUGUUGAAAGACUUCCUCGGACAUCGGAUCUUUGCUGUGGGCUUCAUGUGGGUGUACUACAUUCAAUUAGGGAGAUCAUUUUUUCAGAAACUGUUGUGUCAUUCAAAGGAAUCAUUGUUGGCAGAUAUUGCGAGGCAUCUUUUAAUUCAAACAUGAAAACCAGUGGCAGGAUGUCUUCACCAAUGAUCAACAUCAAACUGGAGAUUCGAGAUAUGCUCCCGAACACUGCUGAUAUCGAUUGUGGAAGAACCAUCACAGUCUACCUUGAUGCUCCGAAGACUGUCUACACAUUAGGUCUCGUUCCAGGUGCGGUGGUCAAUUUGCAUAGAGUGGAGAGGAAAGUUUCCAGAGCUGGCAAUGUCUACUGUCGAUUUAUUGCUGUCUCUCUGGCGGAGGUGGUGCAGUUUCUGGAUCUAGGAGAUGCUGCCAGAUGUACCAGUUCACAGACCCCGACUGUCAACAUGGACAGUUUACCCAGGGAGUUACUGUUUAACAUGAGACAGUAUUCUACUGAGGAUAGGCACACAGAGAAGCGAAUGUUCCUCAUCAGUUGUCACAUUGAGAAAAUAUUUAGUCUACGCAUUAAGACUGUGUGCUCAUCAUGCAAGAGUAUUUUUUCCAAGACUGGCUGCCAGAGCAGAGACUGCAGCAGUGCAACUUGGCCAGUAACUGUGGCCAGUACAGUACUGCUAGUGAACGAUGGUACUUGUCCAGCAACUGUAAAAAUCUGGGACUCAAAUCUUAUUUGUCGUCUGCUGACUUUGACACAAUCUCAGUGGGAGGAUCUGGUUACUGAGGUCACGAGUCAUGGGGAAGUGGUUCUUGAUAAUUCAUCACCGCCCACAUCAAGCAUCUCCACUUUCCUUCAAGAACUGAUAUCCUCACCCCUAGUUCUACGGCCGUGCAUGAUGGCUGUCAGAAUAUACAGGGGAAGUGUGUCUUCAGUUGUGGAUAAAAUGCGACUGGAAGAUUUUCAAGAAAAUGAAGUCAAAGUUGGCAAGCAUUAUCUGAAGACACUGUCUCUUCCAAGGAUGCAGUUGGACUGUUUGUCCAUAUCAGAAAUACGGUGA